UACAUGUAAACCUAACCCAAUGAUAUUCACACUCACACACACCUCCAUUUUCAUAGUAUCCAAUCCACCAAAAUGGGAAUUCUUCAACAUCACCACCGGUGGUCAACCGAUCAAGAAAUCUUACCGGAAUUUCCACCAGAAUCCGACUCAUCAUCUUCCGAAAACAGUUUAGCUUCGGUUACAUCGUUAACGACAUCCAAACAACCAUCAACCACCCAAAAACACCACUACCUCACCACCUUUAAAGCCCAUACAUCAUCCAUAACCUCUCUUACUCUCGCCGGAAAACACCUCCUCUCCGGAUCCUCCGACAACCAAGUUCGGGUCUGGCCUCGGGACGCUUUACCAACGGUCCAGAAUUUGAUGGCGUAUGGCGAGAGUACGGUGAAGUCGAUGGUGGUUUGCGGUGAUAAGUUGUUUACCGGUCACCAGGAUCAUAAAAUUCGUGUUUGGAAAAUUGAACACGACGAUGACGAGGUUAAUAAGAGGAAAACGGUAACGUCGACAUACCUGGCGACGUUACCUACGAUCAAUGAUCGUGUUACAAAGAUGUUUUUAGCGAAGAAUUAUAUAAAGAUACCACGGAAUAAGAAGUGUACAUGGGUAAAUCACAUAGACGCGGUUGCUGCUUUGGCCUUGUCACACGACGGCUCUCUUCUCUACUCGGCAUCAUGGGACAGGACGUUUAAGGUGUGGCGGACAUCGGAUUUCAAGUGUUUGGAAUCCGUUUCUGACGCACACGAUGAUGCAAUCAACGCCAUAGUGGUGUCACAUGACGGAUACAUCUACACCGGGUCCGCUGACCGAAAAAUCAAGGUAUGGAGAAAAUACCCCGGAGAGAAAAAACAUACACUGGUAGACACAUUAGAAAAACACAAAUCCGCGGUGAACGCAUUGGCUUUAAGCCCGGAUGGGUCCGUUUUAUAUUCCGGUGCUUGCGAUCGGUCGAUACUCGUGUGGGAAAAGGGGAACGGCGGAGAGAGUGGCGGCGAUUGGCGGCAUAUGGUGGUGGCUGGUGCUCUUAGGGGGCAUGGUAUGGCAGUAUUGUGUAUUGUGGUGGUGGGGGAUUUGGUUAUUAGUGGGUCAGCUGAUAAAACAGUUAGAAUUUGGAGGGGUAUUGGUGGAAAAAAAUAUAGUCGUGUGUGUGUGUUGGAGGGGCAUAAUGGUCCAAUCAAGUGUUUGGCUGCUACUGUUGAUAGUUGUAUUUCUGCUGAAUCUAGUGGUACCUCUUAUCUUGUGUAUAGUGGGAGUUUGGAUUGUGAUGUAAAAGCUUGGAAGAUAUGGUUACCCUUUCUUUGAUUUGAUUUGAUUUGAUUUGUUAGUUUGGAAUAAUCGAUGUAAUUAUAUAAAUGUUGUUUUGUUGUGUAAUAAUAGAUAUUUUUCUUGAGUUACA